AUUUAUCGUCGGUUCUUCCACCUCUAAUCGGCAGCACGUGUAGUUUUAAUUUAACUGCACUUGUUUUCAACUAGACUUAGUAAAAAAUUAAACGCAGAAAGCAUGGUCAGUUCGGACCCAAAGGGAACUGGCAAGGUGUCCAAAAGUAUCACGCCCCUUAAGGCCAACAAGUCACCGGGCAAGCCGGCCAAUGGACAGAAAUUUAAGCCCAAAGGAGCGGAAGGCGCAGGGAAGUUUAACAAGUCCGCCGGAGGACCGGGGAAACAGUUUGACAAACCUGGCGCCGGAGGUGCCAAAAAGUUCGACAAGCCCGGAGCCAGCGGUUACAAGAAAUUCGACAAAUCGGGAGCGAAUGGUGGCAAGAAGUUUGGCGGCAACAAGUUUGCAGAGGGCAACAAGUUCCGUGGAAAGCCACAAACACAGACGCCUGCGGAGGGCGAGAAACAGGACUGGAACAAGUUCAAGCAGGAGAAAAAGGACCUCAAACUGAAGCGCAAGAGCUCCAAAGACACCUACGAGAUCACCAAGGAGGCCAAGCAGAUUUACGAGAAGCUGCGAUGCCGCCGAACAGAGAACAAGGACAAACUGGUCGAACAAAUAUACAAGGUGCUCAACGUCGGAGACACUAUUUCAAAAGUUGUGAAGGCCCACGAUACCGCCCGCGUUCUCCAAUGCAUGCUGAAGUACGCCUCGCCGGCGCUGCGGGCCGAGAUCUCCGAGCAACUACUGCCUUUCAUCGUGGAAAUGUGUCAGUCGAAGUACGCGCAAUUCUGCGUCCAGCGAAUGCUCAAAUACGGUGCCCCGGCCACCAAAUCGAAGCUGGUGGACAGCCUGUACGGGCAUAUUGUCCGUUUGGCCGGACACAGCAUCGCUAGUGGAUUGCUGGACACGAUGUAUCAGAGUGCCACGCCCCAACAGCGCAUUCACAUGCGCCAGGAGUUCUACGGUGAUCUCUAUCGCAAGGCCAAGGAUGUCAAUGUUAAGUCGCUUAGCGACACCUACAAGGAGGCUACGAACAUGAAGGCAUCAAUCUUGGGCUCGGUGAAAGCAAAUUUGGAUCAUGUGGCCAAUAAGCAGCUUGUGGACAGUUCGCUGGUUCACGCCGUAAUGCUGGAAUACCUGCGCGCCUGCGAAGACGACCAGGAGAAACUGGAAGAAACUGUGAGCACAUUCUCGGCCCUAGUUCCCCACAUGCUGUCCACCAAGGAGGGCAGCGAGGCAGGUACUAUAUGCUUCUACAAGGCAACGCCCAAGAAUCGCAGAGCAAUAAUCAAGAAUAUAAAGGAGCAUCUCCUAAAAAUUGCGACUCACGAACACGGCCACGUGUUCCUCAUUUCGCUGCUCAACUCCUUGGACGACACGAAGGCUACCAAGAAGGCCAUUUAUGACAAUUUGCACGGCGAUCUGAAGACGCUGGUGGGGAACCAAUAUGGUCGACGAGUAAUCCAAUGGUUGGUCGCUCCGGGGGAUACCACCUGCUUCCAUCCGGAAUUCAUUCGGGUUGUGGACGAGGGCCUGGCAUUUGGCAAAAAGGAAAAGGAGCUGCGCCGUAAGGAAAUCUUCGAGCAGAUCGAGGCGCCCAUUGCACAAGCCAUCGCUGAGGAAGCGGACUUUUGGCUGUCAAACAGCCACAUUGGUCUGGUCACCGCCGACGUUCUUAAUCACAUUCAAGGCGAGUCAUAUGAGAAGGCAACUACAGCCCUCGCGAAAGUGAUUGCACAACCAGAGUGGCGCAUUUCAGCCGAUGCCGCCGGUCCGCUGCCACAGGAUAAAAAGAAGCCCCACAACGAUGUGGAGGCAAUCAUAGCCGAGGCCACUAAACAGCGCAAGAAACUGCUUAAUGCCGACAGCAGCAGCGACGAAGAGGAUGAUGAUGACGAAGAGGAUGCGAGUGCGGAAGAUGGCGAGAAGGAAGAGAAAGGGGCGGAUGAAGAUGAUGCCGAACCCAAGCUGAAGAAAGCCAAAAAGGAGCCCAAAAAAGCAAAGGCGAAAGUGGAGGAGCCGGCGGCUCCAUUGGUUAGUGGAAUAGAGGAGGCCGGCAUGCACAUUGUGCUAAAGAAAAUCCUUAAAAACGAUGGAAAACGUGAGGGCACUCCUUUCAGCCAACAGCUUUUGCAAAACUUGUCCACCGAUGUGCUGAAAGUCUGGCUGAGCGUAAACCGUGCCUGUUUCGUUCUGGUGAAGCUGGUGGAGGAGAGUCCUGCGCUGCUGGACACUUGUAAAAAGGCCAUCGUGGCGGAGAAGAGCCUCAGCCAAACGCUCGUGGGCCAGAAGACGCCCGGGGCCAAAUUGCUGGCCAACAAACUAAACAUUGGCAAAUGAAAACCCCUUUUUAGCUUAGACAAAACCUAACAUUUUAAAAUACAUAAUUCUAUAUUGAAAUGGC